CCAACCGCCCUCGGGUCACCCCUGCGCGGACACCUCCUGGGAGCCCUUCUAGCGCGUCGUCUCUGUCUCCCGGAGUACUUCCUGGCGAGUCACUCUAGGCGAUUACCUCAGUUCUCUCCAGGUGCCUCAGUUUCCAGAGUCCCACUGGCUGCCUUUGCUCUCCUGUUGCGUCCAUUGCAAUGUGAAGAGUGCCAGGUUUCCAGCUAGGCCCAGGGUGUGAGAAAGUUUCUUUGUGAAGACAUGGCCUCCAGCACUGGAAAUGAAGAGAGUGUCAAUCCUGUGCUCAGAAUAAGUCAGCUUGAUGCUCUUGAACUAAACAAAGCUCUGGAACAACUAGUGUGGUCCCAGUUCACCAGCUGUUUUCAUGGAUUUAAACCAGGGGUGUUGGCUCAUGUUGAACCAGAAGUAAAAGCAUUUUUAUGGCUUAUAUUAUGGAGAUUCACAAUCUAUUCCAAGAAUGCAACUGUGGGACAGGCUAUUCUGAAUAUUCAGUACAAGAAUGACUUAUCACAAACAGAGAAAUACCAGCCUCUGAGAAAACACCAGAAGUUAUGGUAUCUUAUUUUUACUGUUGGUGGAAGAUGGUUGGAAGAAAGAUGUUAUGAUUUAUUUAGCAAUCGUCAACUGCAAUCUUUCUGCAAAAUUAAGCGUUAUAUUACCUUUGCAGCUGGACUUCUUAAACUUUGUGGACUUCUAAAUUUUCUGAUUUUUCUUCAGAAAGGAACAUAUGCAACGCUUACAGAACGCAUUCUUGGAAUUAGGUCUGUUUUUUGCACACCACAAGGUGUUCGUCAGGUAGGAUUUGAAUACAUGAACAGGGAGCUCUUAUGGCAUGGCUUUGCUGAGUUUCUGAUCUAUCUGCUACCACUUAUUAAUGUACAGAAACUAAAAACUAAAAUUUCUUCUUGGUGUUUGCCUAUCACAGAUCUUUCCAAUAGUGAAAACACCUUAGCAGCUCACUGCAAGGAAUGUUCACUAUGUGGGGAAUGGCCUACAAUGCCUCAUACCAUAGGCUGUUCCCAUGUUUUUUGUUACUACUGUAUUAAAAGUAACUAUUUAUUUGAUAUAUAUUUUACUUGUCCUAAAUGUGGCUCAGAGGUACACAGUCUUCAGCCACUGAAAUAUAAAAUCGAAAUGACAGAAUUGCAUGCCUGAUAUGGGGUUGAUCUGUGAAAUGUCUGUGAAAUAUUAUGUUGCAGACAUUAAUAGGAAAAUUCAGAAAUUAUUGUAAACAGCUUAAAAUGAUUUUGGAGACUCUGUAAUGUGUUCUGACGUAUGUCUUUACUAGUCUUAGUUUUUUACUGAGUAACAGUGCCAACUUGCCUCUCAGAAGGAAAGAAAGGAAAGGAGUUCACCAGCUCUUCUGCUCUGUCAGACUACUUUAUCCCAGUUUGGUAGCCCUGUGUUGUCAAGUCAUCCCUUAGAUCUCAAAUCUGUCAGCCUGCCACUUACUAACUGCAUGCUAUAUGCUUUCCUUAGAGGUGGAGUAGGUGCCCAGUACACUUUUACCCACUUUGUGGAUUUUCUCAGGUCUGUUGUAAAAGCUUCUACCAUUACCAACUUAGCUAGUAGAUGGAUUUAGUGGGAAAGUUGUUCUUGUCAUGCCUAAAGAAUAAUUUGAAAUUUGGAUUCCCAGUGUGGUGUUCCACUGCAAAAAAAGGAAAGAUGUAAGAUCAAUUGACAUCAGGAGUUUAGUAGUAGUUUUCAUCCUCCAUAGCAGGACAUACUUUUCCUACCUCAGAAUUGCCCUCUUACCAAUAGACUAAAAGCUUAAAGUUAUCCGUCUGGUAGACAGAUAGCUACUCCAUAGAUAACAUGGGCCUAUGGGAGAUAUAACCACUUCCUGUGCAAAUACAGUGCACUUUCUAAACCUUCAUGAGAUGACAGAACUGAUUUUCGUGCUCGACGUUUGUGAUCUUCAGUGAUGUAUGUAUGACCACCUCCCACUACUUCCCUAUAAAGUUGUGGGAUGCAGGCCGUCACCAUUGGGAUGUGGCAACUGCCAAAGGUAACUUGCAUUCUUCUGAGUCAGAGACACUGGACAAACUGUUUACUCACAAGAUGCUGUCUUUGGGACUUGCCGCUCUUCUUCGUUUGAUAUGGUCAAACUCGCUAAUAGCUUACUACUACACAGAAAAAAGAUCAAUCACAGCUAUGUACAUAUAGAGAUACUAAACAAAUAGUUAACUAUUUUUAACUAUUACUAUUUGCUUUCUCUGGCUUUGCAAUGUUUUAACACUGACCUGGUUUUAUAAGAUACUAUUUUUUUUUCAAAAUUGCAGUCUUUUUUUAACAGAAAGUGUUACUCAGAAGUCUCAUUAACACAAAAAUACAUUGCAUCCUCUUUUGGCUCUCAAAUCAAAUUUUCAAAAACUUACAUGGUUAACUUGAGUAAAUUACUUUAUGAUGGCUCUGUUCUUGAUUGGCUAUCAUCAAUAGUCAGUCCCAAAAAUAGUGUGGUAACUGAUCUAAUAUCUUUGAUCUACUUUUAUGAAAUGCUUUAUUACAUUCUUCGGUGUCUUGAUUAAAACAACCCACCAGCCUAUUUGUUUGAACAUCUUAAAUUCUAGGUUUUGAUCUUUAGAGUGACACAUGCUUUCAUCUGAUGCAAUUAAAUAUAGUUAGUGGGUUCAUAAGUAUCUUUGGGCAGCCCAAAACUUCAUUAAUUCUGCUACUGUGAGUCAACAAGAGACUUCAGGGCGACUGCUUCCAGAUACUGUGCUGCAAUAUAUUAUUUCCCAUCAAAUGUGUGUGUCAGCAGCCUGCCAAAUUUCUGUUAUUCACAGUUGCCGUUUGAACCAGCACCUGUCUUUAUUAGAAGUAUCGAAAUUGGCAAGUCUGUUAGAGAAUGUCCAGAAGUUGCUGGUCCUGAAGUGAUUCUGUAUGAAUUGUUCCUCCACAUCACUUAACACAUUUCUUUGGGAAAAGCUAUUAAUAGAUUGUUGGCAUUUCUGCUAUCUCUCUGUUUACCCAUCCUUUUUUAUUAAGAUUUCUACAGAAUCCCAAAUUCAGCAUUCAUAGUUUAUCAUCAUAGCAGCCUUUUAUUUCAGCUACCAGGAGAAUAUGCUUCUGAACAGUCAUGUGCAUCACUGGGAAGGAAAAAUGAUUAGAAUUUAAAGGACCAGAACUCUUAUUCGGUCUUGGAUAGGAGUUACAGCCCUGUAUUAACGGUUUUGUUUGUGCUCUGUUGUGCGUCCUUCUGUACUACAUGAAUGUUUUCAUUGUAUCAGAAAUCAAAAAAAUGAAGCCAUUAAUUGAAACAGAUUAUUUAUAUUAAUAAAAUAUUAAAAAACUUUA